AUGGACGACUUUGAAGCGCUUGAGUCUCUGGAACAGCUGUCGCUGGUGUCCAAGAUUUCAUCAGAACUACAGAACCAUUUGGGCGUCCCCGACAAUGACAAACGCAAAACUCUCGCCGAGUUCAUGAUCGCCAAACGAUUAGAAUGCGACACCCUCGAUGAUUUCAAGAAGAUGCUGCCCAACAUGGGCGCAUCUUCCUUGCCGAUCAGCUUGAUCGAGAGCAUCGACCGGCUCGUGUGCACGAUGCACCCCAAGAUGAAGGCAAAGAAAGCCCAGCAGGAGGAUGGCGUCAGGCCGACACGCAGCAUUCAGCAGAAAGAGCAAAUAUUCACCGGCCUGAGCAUGCCCGACAAGGAUCCAGUGGGGAACGGAAUAGACGAGAUCGAUGACACUCUAGCUCUCCUCGAGGAUCUGGAGGGAAAGGCCGCAAGGGAGAGGUCGAAAGGGAAGAAACGCAGCCGGAGCCCAGAAGACGACGGAUCACAUAGACGGAGAAAAGACCGUCACCGAGACACAGACCCAUACGAUGACGACCGCCCGAGGAGGAGUAGGCACGAGGACGAUUACUACAGGGGCAGAUCCCGAAAAUACGACGAGGAGACGAAUGGAGACAGCCGAAGGAAGCACAGGAGACGAGCACGUUUCGAUGAGGACGAGGACGAAGACGAACAAUUUCGACGACCACCACCGCAAGAGCUCGACGAUUCUCCACAACUUUACAAAGUUUACGACGGGCACGUCACAGGCAUCAAGGACUUCGGGGCUUUCGUCAACAUCCACGGGAUAAAGCAAAAGGCUGAUGGUCUGGUGCAUGUGUCAGCGCUUGUCGAAGGGCAGCGAGUGAACCAUCCGUCCGAUCUAGUUACGAAAGGGCAGAACGUGAAGGUCAAAGUCAUCAAGAUCGAGGGAAACCGGAUCGGACUGUCCAUGAAAGAUGUGGAUCAGGAAAGUGGCCAUGACAUGGCUCCCCAGGCGAGGAUACAGUCGGGGGCCAACUCGACGGCUUUGGGUAGUGCUGGAUCCAUGCCCAGCAGCCUGCCACCGACCAACUAUGGCUCACAAAAGCGGCACAAAAAGCGGAUGACUUCACCUGAAAGAUGGGAAAUACGUCAGCUGAUCGCGUCUGGAGUUGCUAAGGCUUCUGAUUAUCCUGAUUUGGAGGAGGACUACAAUGCUACGCUUACGGGCGAGGGCCAACUCGAUCUUGAGGAAGAUGUGGAUAUCGAAAUCCGGGAGGAGGAGCCUCCAUUUCUUGCUGGACAGACGAAACAAAGUCUUGAAUUAUCACCAAUUCGAAUCGUCAAGGCACCAGAUGGGUCACUAAAUCGUGCCGCAAUGUCCGGAACAAACCUUGCCAAAGAGAGGAAAGAGAUGCGCCAGCAGGAGGCAGAGGCUAAGGAACAGGAAUCGAAGGUGGACCUGGCAACACAAUGGCAGGAUCCCAUGGCAGAUCCUGACAAACGGAAGUUCGCCAGCGACAUGAGACAGGCCACGAUGCGACAAAAAACGGACACGGCACCGGAUUGGCGGAAAGCCAUCGCGCCAAAAGAUGCAUCCAUGGGCAAGCGAUCAAACUUGAGCAUCAAGCAGCAGCGAGAGUCUCUGCCUGUCUUCAACUUCAGAAAUCAGCUCAUACAAGCAGUCAAAGACAACCAAAUCAUGAUCGUGGUCGGAGAAACGGGCUCUGGAAAGACCACCCAACUGACCCAGUACCUGGCGGAAGCUGGGUUUGGAGAUGCAGGCAUGAUAGGCUGCACGCAACCGCGUCGAGUCGCGGCGAUGAGCGUGGCAAAACGUGUGGCAGAAGAAGUUGGUUGCGAGGUCGGGGCCGAGGUUGGAUAUGCUAUCCGAUUCGAGGACAAGACCAGCAAAGACACUGUCAUCAAAUAUAUGACAGAUGGGCAUCUUCAGCGGGAGAUCAUCAUGGACCCUGACCUGCAGAGAUACUCCAUUAUCAUGCUGGACGAAGCUCACGAACGCACAAUCGCGACUGACGUGCUCUUUGGAUUGUUGAAGAAGACGGUCAAACGACGGCCGGAUCUCAAAAUCAUUGUUACCUCUGCCACCUUGGAUGCAGACAAGUUCUCCACCUAUUUCAACGAGGCACCAAUUUUCACGAUUCCAGGAAGAACUUUUCCCGUGGAAGUACUCUACUCAAAAGAGCCUGAGAGCGAUUAUCUCGACGCCGCUUUGGUUACUGUGAUGGAGAUACAUCUGGCUGAACCGGCCGGAGACAUCCUAGUUUUCCUGACUGGUCAGGAGGAGAUUGACACAGCUUGCGAAGUUCUUUUCGAGCGCAUGAAGGCUCUCGGUCCAAAUGUACCCGAGCUCCUUAUUCUACCCGUUUACUCGGCCCUACCAAGCGAGAUGCAGAGCAGAAUCUUCGAUCCCGCGCCCGCUGGGAGCAGAAAGGUUGUCCUCGCUACCAAUAUUGCCGAAACCUCCAUCACCAUCGAUGGAAUCUACUACGUCGUUGAUCCGGGUUUUGUCAAGCAGAAUGCCUACGAUCCAAAGCUGGGCAUGGAUUCACUAGUCGUCGUGCCGAUUUCUCGUGCCAGCGCUCAACAACGUGCAGGACGAGCAGGCAGAACAGGCCCUGGAAAGUGCUUCAGACUCUACACUCAGCAGGCAUUCGAGUCAGAGAUGCUCCCAACCACAAUCCCAGAAAUCCAACGGCAGAACCUAGCACAUACGAUCUUGAUGUUGAAAGCUUCGGGCAUCAACGACUUGCUGCAUUUUGGCUUCAUGGACCCGCCGCCUAUGAAUACCAUGCUCACGGCUCUGGAAGAGCUGUAUGCUUUAUCCGCCCUAGACGACGAAGGUCUUCUCACUCGGCUUGGUCGAAAAAUGGCAGAUUUUCCCGUCGACCCGUCGCUGGCCAAAGGCCUUGUGUACAGCGUCGACCUGGGCUGCUCAGAUGAAAUGCUCACCAUUGUCUCCAUGCUUAACAUCCAAACUGUGUUCUACCGGCCCAAGGAAAAGCAAUCCCAAGCCGACCAGAAGAAGGCCAAGUUCCACGACCCACACGGCGACCAUCUCACGCUACUCAACGUGUACAAUUCGUGGAAGCACAGCGGGUUCUCCAACGCAUGGUGCUUCGAGAACUUCAUCCAAGCGCGAAGUGUGCGUCGGGCAAAGGACGUGCGCGACCAGCUCACCAAGAUGAUGCAGCGGUACCGGCACCCCAUCACCUCGUGCGGCCGCGACACGGAGAAGGUGCGCCGGGCUCUCUGCUCGGGCUUCUUCCGCAACUCGGCCAGGAAGGACCCGCAGGAGGGCUACAAGACGCUCAUCGAGGGGACCAACGUGUACCUUCACCCCAGCUCGGCGCUGUUCGGCAAGAACGCCGAGUGGGUUAUCUACCACUCGCUGGUCAUGACCACCAAGGAGUACAUGCACAUCACCACGGCCAUCGAGCCCAAGUGGCUGGUCGAGGCGGCGCCAACCUUCUUCAAGGUCGCGCCCACGGACCAGCUGAGCAAGAGGAAGAAGGCGGAGAGGAUCCAGCCGCUGUAUAAUAAGUACCAGGGUGAGGAUGACUGGCGCUUAAGCGCCCAGAGGAGAGGAGGUCGAUCCGGCGGUGGUGGUGGCACUUGGGGCUAA